GACGUCGCUGAGCCGUGACGUCAACGUUGUCGACGGCUGAAUACCCGUAUGUACUCGGAGCUUUCUAUCCGGUACUCGGUGGAAACAUGUCGGGGAGGAGAGAGGCUUGCGGAGGAACUGCGUCUUUGAAACGUACACCUGAGACAUAAACUGAACGUGAAUCUGACGGCGGCGUUUUAAUCGAGUUAGCAACACGCCGGGGCCACGUUACUGUUUCACGGGAGCGAAUGGACGGAUAAGAGACCGACAGCCGGGGAUCGAUCAAAGGAAAAAGCCUACUAGCAGGCGGCCGGGGCCGGUAGAGAGAGGGGGGGGACAGGGUGCUCAAAACAAGACGGGGUUGCUGCUCGGAAGGGGAUGUUAUCCGUACUGUCUUAUGGCAGACUGGUAGCCAGGGCUGUCCUUGGCGGACUCUCUCAGACGGACAGUCGGGACUACAGCCUGAUCACCGCCAGCUGUGGUUUCGGCAAAGACUUCCGAAAGGGGAUCCUGAAGAAAGGGAUGUGCUAUGGAGACGACGCCUGCUUCAUUGCGCGGAACUUGAACGCCGAUGUUUUGGGUGUUGCAGACGGCGUUGGUGGUUGGCGUGACUACGGUGUCGACCCGUCUCAGUUCUCCACCACAUUAAUGAGAACCUGUGAGCGACUGGUAAAGGAGGGACGCUUCACGCCCAGUAGCCCAGUGGGUAUCCUGACCUCUGGCUACUUCGAGCUUCUACAGAACAAAGUACCCCUGUUAGGGAGCAGCACAGCCUGUAUCCUGGUUCUGGAUCGACAGAGUCACCGGCUACACACCUGCAACCUCGGUGAUUCGGGCUUCCUGGUGGUUCGGCAAGGAGAGGUGGUUCAUCGCUCAGACGAGCAGCAGCACUAUUUUAACACGCCCUUCCAGCUGUCCAUCGCGCCUCCGGGAUCUGAAGGGGUGGUGCUCAGUGACAGUCCCGAAGCAGCUGACAGCUCCUCGUUCGACGUGCAGCUCGGUGACAUCAUCCUGACGGCGACCGACGGCCUGUUUGACAACAUGCCAGACUACAUGAUUCUUCAGGAGCUCAAAAAACUUAAGACUUCCAACUAUGACAGCAUCCUGCAGACGGCACAAAGUAUUGCAAAGCAAGCUCACGACCUUGCCUACGACCCCAAUUAUAUGUCUCCUUUUGCACAGUUUGCCUGUGACAAUGGUCUGAAUGUAAGAGGAGGGAAGCCAGAUGAUAUCACGGUGCUGCUGUCAAUUGUGGCCGAAUAUACGGACUGAAAGUGUGUGUGUAUGUGUGUGUGUGUGUGCGCGCGCUUCUCUGGGGCUCUCUUCCUGUCUGCCGGAGUCUUCCACCUGUAGCCCUCCCAAAGAUGCACUGCAUCCUGUGGGCUGACAGGGGAGGCCCAACAACACGACACACUCUCCUCGCUGUGGGGCCGACGUCCACCUGUGUACAUUUUGAGUUUUCUUCCUCUGUUUUUCUUUUGGUGCUCGAACGGUUGAGAGGAAGCCGGCAGCUAGGACGGUUCAUGUUGACCAUGAUGCAAGAGGAGCUGAGGCAUGCCUUUCAGUCUUGUUGUGUGGCAAUAACACCUUUUGGGUGUUGUGACGGAGAGGCAGUCAAGGGUUUUAAAACCUGGCUGCCCCUUAUGUAAAAAGAGAUAUGAUAAGAGGAGUAGGCGAAGGUUAGUGAUAGAGUUGACUUUUGAACCCGGCUAGCUGUCUCUGUUAAUCCGUUCCCCGUUGUUGACGUGUUUGAACAAAGCAUAUAGAUGGACUGAGGAAGCUGAGGCUUGGAUUAGAUGGGAGUUAUUAGAGAAUGGGAUUUAAUAUUUGGGUUUCAGUGUUUGGUUUGGGAAUGUGAACGAUGGAACGGCCAACUAGUAAUUGCUCAGAUCAAAGAAACCUGCAAAGGAAAACAUAACACUUGUUGGAGCUUACAUGUGAACGUUAAUACCGUUGUCACUCUGCUGGGGAUUUGUUGUAAAUAUGUUUGAGUUUUUAGGGCUUGGUUCUGGCCUUUCUGUUGUCUUUGCCUUGGUUGUUAAAGCAAAAGAGCUAUUUUGUUACUAUCGUGGAUGAUGGCAUUCAUAAAUAUACAUUUCUUGUAUCAAUGUUGAUCUUGAAGUGAGUUUUAUCAAUCCUACACUUCCACGCGCUGAAAUGAACAAGAUAGAUUGAUUGCUGCAACAGUUGUGUGGUAGAAAGGAUGGUGAAUUGUGUGUGUGUGUGUGUGUGUGUGUGGUAUACAUGUGAAAAGUUGUGUUUGGAAUGUGUCCCGUGUAUUUUAAUGUCAAUGUGUUAUUACACAAAGCUCGAGCUAGCAUCUGGAAAUGCUUACAAUUUCAAUGAUAGGCCAGGCACGAGUUUAGAGGAAAAGAUGUAUUUUUUUAUUAUUUAGUUUUAAAAGUAAGAGUUUAAAGAGUCACAUGAAAUAAGUGUGAUCGAUGACAGAUCCAGCUAUCUUAAUGAGAAUCAGGUGUGUGUUUGUGUGUGUAAAUCUUUUUUUAUUUUUCAGUUCCUUGUUUCCCUUUAAAUGUGUUUGCUGCUUCUCUUUUCUAAUUCAGAUGUCUGUAUAUGAAUUGACAUGAUUAAUAUGAACAUGGUCACCAUGAUUGUAACGAGAGUGUGUCUGUAUGUAUUUGUGUAAUGCAUCAAAUGGUAAUAAUCAAUGACGCUGAUAAUACGGUUCUGCUCCUGAUAGUCCUUUGGCUAACAGCUCACCCGAGUGGUUUGGACAAUGUCUUUACAGUUUAAAAGCAGGUGCACCAAAGACACAUUUUCUUUGUGCAUUUCAUACACAAUGCUUUUGUUGUUACAAACAUCAGACGGCAAUACUGUAAACUCCUUGUGCUCUGAACCUUGUGUGGUGGCCAGGGGUGUUGGUGGAAAUGUUCAGAGGGGCAUUAAAACUUAUUUUCUAUGCCUAAAGUUGUUUUUAUCAGAGCAAAAGCUGUACUAUAUUGUUGGGUUUAACUUUAUAUGUGACUGGUUGCAACAAAGUAUAGACAGGUUUAUGAAACCAAAGAAGGAAAGCCAUAUAUACACAUAAUGGACAUUAUUAUUAUUAUUAGAAUAUUAUCUGUCCUACUGUCUGCACUGUUCAUUUUUGCAUGGUUUCUGUUUAAGCUAUUGACACCAUUUACAAUGUUUUUAUUUUGUUUCAACAGUUGUCGGACGUUCUUAUCUUGGUGGUUUAUAAAUGGUGUUUAAAGGUUCUGAACUUGUAUUUACUUCAAAGAUGGCGCUAUACUUGACAGGGAUGUAACCCAUAUGCAGGAGGAGGGGUGGUGAGAUAGGGAAUGGUGCUGUGUGGGGGUGAGCACAGUUUCAGCCUUAACGAAUAGCUAGACCUGUAAUCAAGAGGCCUUUCCUGUCAUUGCAAGCUUGUGAUGUCUCGUCUCCGUCAUGUGUUUGAUGUAAAUGAGGCGCUGCCCCCGUCUUUCUCUCCCGUGAAGUUGUACUCAAAGGUGCUUCUGCAGUCUGUAUGGUAUGAUUGUCCUCUUUUCAGCAAGCGAUGUUUGUCUGUGUGAAAGAUACACCUAUGUCUACAGUGUAACAAUGCAGGUCUAAUUUAUGUAAAUAUGUUUUGAAAUAUGUAAAAUAUUUAAAUAAAGAAUCUAGUAUUUAUACUAAA